CCCCCCCUCACACACACACACACAUACACACACACACACACACACACACACUCGCGUACACGCACGCACACACGGAACAUCCUCUCCCGUCAGGUUUCCCGGUCCAGCCCCGCCCGCGUCUCCUGCUUCCCGCAGACCGUCUCCCUACAUCCUUACACACCUCGCCUCUCCAUUCUUUCCGGCUCCGGGAUUCUUUCCGGCUCCGGGACCCUCCCCUCCAAUCCCCCAACAACACCCUGGGAUGGAGCGACUGGAGCCCGCCCGGAGCCCCCCGCGGCCGGGGUGAAAGUCCUCCGCCCCUCUCCCGCCCGGCACUCCGAGCAACAUGGGCCUGAGGGGUUCCCGGGGCGCCGGACGCUGGAAAUGACGGAUGCUGGAGCUCUCUUGAGUCAUGGCUUCCUCAAAGCUCCGAGAACCUGUGGAUGAAGUUUUUGACCUGGACUUGGCUGUACCAGAGACCACCAGACUGGACAGCAGCUUACACAAAGCCCGGGCCCAGCUGCUGGCCAAGGGCCGGAGACACCGGCCUUCCCGCUCCAGGCUACGUGACAGUGCCAGCUCUGCUGAGGACGGUGAAAGCUCUGAUGGGCCCGGAGGCAAGGUGACCGACGGCUGCGGUAGCCCUCUGCACCGGCUGCGCUCGCCUCUGCACUCGGGCCCAGGUUCUCCCGCCGGCGGCUCUUUCUGCCUGGAGCCCCCCGGCUUGCGGCGCAGCCUGGAUGAGGACGAGCCGCCGCCUUCGCCCCUCGCCCGCUACCGGCCCCUGCACAACGCCGCCUCGCAUGAGGGCCUGGCCGCCACCUCCGGCUCGCCCACGCGCUCCGCACCCUCCUCGGACAGCUCCCCCAGCUUCGUGCGCCGCUAUCCCCGAGCAGAGCCGCACAGCGAAGAUGACAGCCGGGAUGCCAGCCCCCCUGAGCCUGCCAGCCCCACCAUCGGCUUGGAUAAGAAGACCCGCAGAAAAUUCCUGGACCUGGGGGUCACUCUCCGCCGAGCAUCCACUGGCAAGAGCAGGAAGGAGAAGGGUAGCAACCGCCUGUCCAUGGGCAGCAGGGAGUCCGUAGAAGGUUCUGGAAGGACAGGGGGCUCCCCGUUCCUGCCCUUUUCCUGGUUCACAGACAGCGGCAAAGGCUCUGCUUCCUCAGGGAGCACCACCUCCCCGACCUGUUCCCCCAAACACGAGGGUUUCAGCCCCAAGAAGUCAGCUUCCCAGGAAUCCACCCUGAGUGAUGACUCCACACCUCCAAGCAGCAGCCCCAAGAUCCCCAGUGGUCCUCGACAGGAGACCAAGUGCUCCUAUCCCUACCAUACGUUGUCCCAGUCUUCGGACGAGUUCCUGGACGAGUCCCUCCCGACCGUACAACACUGGACCAGCCAGCAGGUGGGCCAGUGGCUGUGCAGCCUCAACCUGGAACAGUACGCUGCGGAGUUCGCUGCCCGACAGGUGGAUGGGCCGCAGCUCCUGCAGCUGGACGGAAGCAAACUGAAGAGCCUGGGGCUGAGCAACUCGCAUGACCGGGCGCUGGUGAAGCGGAAGUUGAAGGAGCUGGCAGCGGCCGCAGAGAAGGAACGGAAGGCGCAGGAGAAGACUGCCCGGCAGCGGGAGAAGCUGCGGCGUCGGGAGCAGGAGGCUAAGAAGAGCUAGGGGUGACUGGCGGGGCGGCGGGGCGGCACCCCGGAGCACUUGCAGCCACCUGCACGGGCCUCACCAGGGAAGUAGGGUCUAGGUUCCAGCUUCUUGGGGGCACGUGACCCCUCUCACCCUGUUUGGACCGAAUCCUCUGAAGGGAUAUCCCAGGGAGAGGGCCCAGUAAUAAACCCAAUUUCGAGGACUUGUUUGGCACAGAUUUCCAGGAGGAAGAAGGUGGCAGAUGAAGAGGGCAGAGGCCAGGAAUGCAGUAAAUCUGGAGCCCAGAGGAGCCUGGCCCAGGCUGAACCUCUUCCCUCUGACCAGAGUGGUACUGAAGAGGAAGUGAGCCAGCAAGAGAGGCCCUCCCAUGACCAGGAUUCCUAGGCUUAGAGAGCGGCCUGAGCAUCCCAGGAGGAGACAGAGCGGUCUCCUCAGCUCUUGAAGGUGGCUGUGUGGUGGGAGGGCAGUUCUCCCCAGAGAGGCCAGUGGGCUAGCAGCACUCAGGGUAGAUUCCCAGACAGCUCCUCAAAGGAGAGAAGAGCGAGCAGUGGAGGGUAAGCUGGCCUCUGUAAGGGCUGCAGAGUGGGGAGAAGGGGCCUCUUUCUCCCUCCUCUUCACUAACCCUGCAGGUCCCAGCGGGCAGGAUGGCCCUGCUCCUCUCCCACUGAGUCAGGCAUGGGUGGGUCUUCGACCCUUUCACAGAGCUAGAAUCCACUUCUUCAGAGAGUGCUUGAGCCUUCUUUGGGGUCAGGAUAAAUGGGAGCUGUUGGGGACAUAGGACACCCCCCACUAGUGACUGGGUGGCACUGAACUGGUGACUCUCAGCACACUAGCCGGGCAGAGACACGGUCUGAGGGUGGCCCGGAAGCUGCUGGAUCCGAAGGGUCCAUCAGCUCCCCAGGUCCCUUGGGCGUAUCAAGGCCUCAGCGAGCCUAGAGCUGACAAACAUUGCUGGCUCCGGUUUGAUAGGCCACAGGGAGGACUGGGCCAGCCCUGGGUAGGUUUGCCAUACGUCCUUUGUAGGAUGCUUUCAGAGACAGAGGGUUCAGAUGCCACGCUACCCAGCUUCUCAGGUGCUGGUCAGUGAGAAGAAACCCCCCACCCCUCCCAGCUUCCCGGAGGGGUGGACAGGACCUGCAUGCUAGCUCCCUCUCUCCUGCCUGAAAAAGUAGCUGAAGGCCAGGGCCCUGUGCUUGGGCUCAGCCAUCCGCACUGGGAGAGGGGCCUCAGAGGGAAACUAAGGUAUAGGGGCAUUGGCACUAUCUAGACUGGGUGGGGAGGGUGGAGGCCCUACCAAGUGUGCCCCACCUGCAUGUGAAGGGGGAAGAUGGUUCGCAACUUCUUUCAAUAAAUAUUUACCACACA